AUGGAAGCCGGCGGCGGUGGAGCCGAGGAGGAGCAGGUGAUGAGCGAGGUGCACCUGGGCUGCCCGCCUCACUUCUCCGGCCUCCAUAUCUCCCACUUCAGCUUCUCCUCACGGCCCCUAGGGCCAUCUGGGGACAACGAUGGUGUUGGUGGCGGCGGGAGCGAGUUAGCCGCAGCAACGAGCGGUUCUUGUGAUUCGCCUGACGCAGUCGCCGUGGAUGAGGAUGGGGAUCUCGUUCUGGACCGGAGGAGGAGAAGAAAUAAAUAUGUUAGAAGUGACUGCCAUCUGCUCACUAUUCAGCAUGGUGUUACCAGCUCGCUUAAGAGCGUUGGGCUUCAGGUUUGGAAAGCGGCCUUGCUAUUAGGUGACUUUGUUUUGCACAAAAGCUUUUCAUCGUCCAACUUUGAUGGUGUUACUGCCAUUGAGAUAGGUGCUGGAACAGGUUUAGUAGGUUUAGCACUAGCUCGAGUUGCUAGAAGGAUUUUUGUUACAGAUAGAGGCACUGAUAUCCUAGAUAAUUGUGUGGCUAAUGUCCAUAUCAACUCUGGUAUGCUAAAGUUUGAUGAAGCUAAAGUCUGUGUACGGGAACUGGACUGGAAAACGUCAUGGCCUCCACCUGUGGGUACACAUGUUCCUUCUAAUCCAAGUCGGUAUAUAUGGUCUGCAAGUGAAGUUGAGGAGGCUGAGAAAGCAACAGUCCUGUUUGCUGCAGAUGUUAUUUACAGUGAUGAUCUCACAGAUUUGUUCUUCGGCACGGUGAAGAAAUUGAUGUCAUGUGGUGCCAAGAAGGUGCUAUACUUGGCCCUGGAGAAGAGAUACAACUUCAGUCUAGAUGAACUAGACGUCGUGGCCAAUGGUUACGCGCACUUCCGAAGUUUCUUCACAGCUCAAGAUGGGCAUGGUGAUCCGAUCGAUGGAUAUGGACCAGGUUUUGUUGGAAAGCAGAUAGACCCUGCAGAGAUUCCUCAGUACAUCAGAGAAUACGAGAGGGGCAAGGAUUUAGAGAUGUGGAAAAUCAUAGGGGAUCAGAAAAUUGAAUCGGGUGUUGCCCUGCUCGUCUUCCACGCCGGCAAACCUUCUCACGUCCCGGCGAUCUUCGUCGGUGGCCACGGGAACCUACCGGACGGUCUAUUGCAACAAGUAGCAGGGUCUGGUGAAUCUUUGGUUGAUGAUGAGAGGACGACAAGUGUGAAGCUGGACAUCAGUGACAAGUUAAGGCAAGUCAGUGAUGAUAAACUUCUCUUAGAUCUUGGCAUGAAUUCUGUGGAGGUGAUGUUUGAUGAAAUACCCUGUGAAGAUGAUGAAUUUUUGGACAGCCUCGACUUGCACCAUGGUUUGUUGCAGGAACUAGCUCAAGGUGGAGAGUUCAUAGGUGCCGAGGAGACAAAGCCAACUGCUCAGCUGUUCCUCCAUGGCAAUAGCAUUCCCACUCUUGUCAAUAGUGAUCCCCUUCUCUUGGAGUAUAGCAUGGAUGAGGCAUUCAACAAAAUGCCUUGUGGGGAUGUUGUGUGGGAUGACGAGCCGUUGCAAGACCUUGGUUUUUGCCAUGACUUACUGCAGCAGCUUCAGCUAGAAGAAGUAUAUGUUGCAUGUUUGAGAAUGAUGCCGCCAUCUGCAGGAGGCGGUUUUAGUCCAAGAGAAAGUGAGCUGCAACUUGAGCAAUACAAGAUGGUGGAGAGACAAUGGGAUCCAGGUAUCCGUGGUCCUAUUCUCAAUUCCACAAAAUUGAGUGCUCAUCCAGGAGGGAUUGUUGGCUCUGGGAAUCCAGGAGGGAUACAACUGAAUUUUGUGCCUGUCCAGGAGUUGAACCAUGGCAGUGAGAACUUUGCCAUCUAUGAUUCUAUGAAGAAUGCCAAGGAUUAA